AUGGCUACUGACGUAAGAUCACAACCACUCAUUUUAGACGAAUUUGUCAAUGGAGAAGAUCCUGAACCUGAUCUGCGGAAAAUAUUUUUGAAGAUAAGACCGCAAUGGACCAAAGAAGACAAAAUAGAGCUAAAUCCCUGUCCUGGAUCCGGCUUUGUCAACAUCAUCCUUCUAGCAACCUACGAUGGCAAAAAGGCAGAUGCUGUGGUGGUCCGGAUCUUCAUUCAGAAUGUCUACGAGUUCCUGAUGAACAGGGAACGCGAGUUAGCGGCCACGUUGGUGUUUAAUGAAAGAGGGUUAACACCAAAUAUUUACUGCAUCUUCAAAAAUGGAGUCUGUAUGGAGUACAUAAUUGGAGAGCGCUUUGAUUGGAGUGUGUUGGCAGAGAAACCACUAAAUGAUGAAAAAAUUCUUAGAUCAGUAGCGAGAGAACUGGCAAAAUACCACAGUAAAAAAACAAGUGACAUUGCUAAAGAGAAAUAUGGCCACCUCUUCCCAAUGGUUCCAGAGCUAAAGAUCAAAGCGGAGGAGUUGUUGAGUAAUUUGCCGGAAACACUAGGCGAAACGGAGGCUGAUGAACUAUUUAAGACGAAAUUCCCAAGCAAAGCUUUGAUAGAAUCUGAGUGGAGAGAUAUGUUUGCUUUGAUGGAAAGGACUGGUGUGCCACUUACGUUAUGUCAUCUUGAUGCCCAUCCGUCCAAUAUGCUUUACGUGCCCGAAGAUGAUCGGGUCAUUUUUGUCGACUACGAGAUAUCAGCAUUUUCUUGGCCGACUCAGGAUUUGGCUACUUUCCUAGAAUUUUCUGCGACAGGCAAGUUAUUUUCGAAUAAAGAGGCUAUCACUCUUAGAAAUUAA